CGUGGCGGCGGAUUGUAUUUGCGUGGACGCAUAUCCGUUACCAAGGCAACCCACUGGGCCGCAUCUGCACGUGGUUUAACUAAUUAGUGCCACGCUCCGCGCUAAUGAGUUCACCUGUGGCGACCUCGUGCUCAGUCAUCUCUAACUUACCUGUCUGCUGCUCAGUAGGCAAAACUAAGCAGGUCGGUCUCCCCACUAACCGUCUAACGUCUCCCAGGUACGGUGAUGUAUACUUUAGAAGUUUAACCAGAACUUGGUUGGAGUUUCCCGGUUUUGUGUGACAAAUGACAGUUCUUGUAACGAACGCUUUUCGAAGUAAAACGGACCACCACAUCUGGACCUGCUGUCAAAGAGGAGAAAGUGAUUCUGUGAGUAUCAAAACUGAACCAUGAAGAAGAAACUGCGAACUGUAAGUCCUUAUAUUUCCUCUUUAUGCUGGGGGAUUGUUUUGGCCUCCUCGUUGGCUGAGGUGGAAAGGUGAAUGAUCUAAACAAUGUUUUUUGUUGGUACGUGGGCUAAUUACCUGUUUAGUUUGAACAUGUGUCAAUGCUGUGUUAGAAGGGGUGUAGUGAAUUGUGAGAAUAGUAACAUAGGGUUUCUCAGAGUGCAGCCAAAACAUACUCCAAGGUUUUGUCUAGAUUUUCUUUCGACAUGCUUCGCCACUACUUCCUGAACUUUGCAUCACGUCACAUGAGUUACUGUACUGAUUAGGGGUUCGGAUUGAGUGAUCAGAGAUGCAUGCUAGGGUUCUGCGCUGUCUGAAGCCUCCAGCUCUGUAGACUUGCCCCCUUCAGGUGAAGGCAUGUGUCUAAGAGGUGGUUGUGAAGUCAUUUAUAUGAACUGGGAUGUCAGUGAAGAUGGUGACAGGCUCUCACCUAAAGGAGAAACGCCCGGGGAUGAGAGGUGAGGGCUCUUUUAACGACUAGAACACCACCUCGGUCCUUCGCUAGAGAACCAUGGAGCACAUUUCAACGUUGCCCACCAUACAUCUUGAAGCCGUAGCUACGGUUUCUCUACCUCCGCAGCUGGAGUAGAGCACAGCUGCAGUCACGAAAAGGGUCCUUGGUGGGAUCUUACUGAGAUAGGUUCUGAUUUAAGAGGACCGAACUUCCAGGACCAGCUGGCCUCCUCCAUUACUCUGCAGUUCAGCCUGAGAAAGGCUUGCAUCUGAGCCAGCAGAGGGCUCAUCGGCCUGCUGUUCAUAUGGGAUGAGGAGAAUCCUACUGUAAAGACCUACCAACCAAUCCCUGCUCUGUUCAAGGUCUGGUCCGUUCAUGACCUACCUACCAACUACUGGGACGUCCGAUACCUACCAACUACUGGGACGUCCGAUACCUACCAACUACUGGGAUGUCUGAAACCUACCAACUACUGGGAUGUCUGAAACCUACCAGCUACUGGGAUGUCUGAAACCUACCAGCUACUGGGAUGUCUGAAACCUACCAGCUACUGGGAUGUCUGAAACCUACCAGCUACUGGGAUGUCUGAAACCUACCAGCUACUGGGAUGUCUGAAACCUACCAGCUACUGGGAUGUCUGAAACCUACCAGCUACUGGGAUGUCUGAAACCUACCAGCUACUGGGAUGUCUGAAACCUACCAGCUACCGGGAUGUCCGAUACCUACCAGCUACUGGGAUGUCCGAUACCUACCAUCCCACCACUGGGGUGACCUAAUCAGAUUACCUUCUCACCACUUCCAUCAAAUCCCGUCCCUGUUCUCAGGCUCAUCAAAGCGGAAGAGUUUGAGUCUGAAGAAAAACAACUGGACUGCCUGUGGCUCUUCAGGUGGGCAUGGCGAGGGUUCUACCUUGCCUGGUUGUUCAUGUGGUCAGGGUUUUACCUGGCCUGGUUGUUCAUGCGGUCAGGGUUCUGCCUGGCCUGGUUGUUCAUGCGGUCAGGGUUCUGCCUGGCCUGGUUGUUCAUGCGGUCAGGGUUCUGCCUGGCCUGGUUGUUCAUGCGGUCAGGGUUCUGCCUGGCCUGGUUGUUCAUGCGGUCAGGGUUCUGCCUGGCCUGGUUGUUCAUGCGGUCAGGGUUCUGCCUGGCCUGGUUGUUCAUGCGGUCAGGGUUCUGCCUGGCCUGGUUCUUCAUGCGGUCAGGGUUCUACCUGGCCUGGUUGUUCAUGCGGUCAGGGUUCUGCCUGGCCUGGUUGUUCAUGUGGUCAGGGUUCUGCCUGGCCUGGUUGUUCAUGUGGUCAGGGUUCUGCCUGGCCUGGUUCUUCAUGUGGUCAGGGUUCUGCCUGGCCUGGUUCUUCAUGUGGUCAGGGUUCUGCCUGGCCUGGUUCUUCAUGUGGUCAGGGUUCUGCCUGGCCUGGUUCUUCAUGUGGUCAGGGUUCUGCCUGGCCUGGUUCUUCAUGUGGUCAGGGUUCUGCCUGGCCUGGUUCUUCAUGUGGUCAGGGUUCUGCCUGGCCUGGUUGUUUAUGUGGUCAGGGUUCUACCUGGCCUGGUUGUUUAUGUGGUCAGGGUUCUACCUGGCUCGGUUGUUUAUGUGGUCAGGGUUCUACCUGGUUCGGUUGUUCAUGUAGUCGGGGUUCUACCUGGCCUGGGGUUCUUCAUCCGGGCGUGAUCAGGGUGACGAGGCAUACCAUGUGUGAGCGUGAUGACAUGGGGAUACGCACUUAUUAUACAUCACAACAUUUUAGGAAAUGGUCCUUCAAGCUUGAAAGACUGCGACGUGGCUGCCCUUUCUUGACAUGAUAGCCCCGACAUGAUAGUUGUCUGGCAGGCCCUGUGGAUUGUAUCUUCUGGACUCCUGUGCUGGGAUGCAAGUUUUUCUUGGGCUGAAUUGCAAUGCAUUUGUCGAUGCUAGCUGGACCUGGGAGUUGGGUCCCCCUUUGAAUCAGAAACCAUCUUGGUAACAUCCCAACUAGGGUUCUCUUCAUGCUGUAACCAAGCUCUUCUUCAGCUGAGGAGGAAAAGAAAUCCUCGCUGGGGCUUCAAGAUCUAUGAAGAGGAAUAUUGAAAUGUGUGCAAUGGUUCCCUCCCGUAGGCGCUGUGGUGUAUUCUAGUCGCUGAGAAAGAGCCCUCGCAUCCUACCCAUGGCGUCUCUCCUUGGGGAGUCCCUGUCACAGUCUUGACGGAUGUUCCAGGUCAUGUAACUGAUGCAACAGCCCUUUUGAACACUGUUUCUCCGGAGGGGGGCACGUCUACAGAACAGUAGACUUCAGACCGCACAGUAUCCUAACAUGCAUCUCUGGCCACUCAGACCACACCCGGAUCAAUAUGACAAUGCUCAUGCGAUGUGAAGCGAGGAAGUAGCCAAAAGACAGAUUAUUUAGCUUUUUUUGUACACUGGCAAGCAUUGUUAAUUGGUAGAUAAUUAGUUAAAUGGGGUAACUGAAAUGUUUAGUCAAAAUGUUUUGUACAUAAACCAACAGCAACAAACUACCAGAUCGCCUCAAGGUAAGUCUGUUGGCUGUAUUUUGCAAUGAGACGACCACAAGAUCUUCAUCGUCGUUCAGCUCAAGGUGAGGUGCUGGUUACGUUACUUAGGGAUGGUUCGUACUGGAACGUUACAAUUCCAGUAUGACGGGGCUUGGGUUUUCUGUAGAGGUUGGUAGUUAGUUUUGUGCAGUCUGUGAAGCUCUAAUGCUGCAGUACUGUGUGGUGGAGGAUAACUGGCAGUACGAACAGGAUUGGCAAUUGCGUUACGUCAUCCAAACCUUAUUAUGGCGUCUGGCAGUACGAUCAGGAUUGGCAAUUGCGUUAUGUCAUCCAAACCUUAUGGCGUCUGGCAGUACGAUCAAUAUUGGCAUUUGCGUAAACCUCAUAACUAAUGAGCGUACCCAAUUAAGGUAAUCUGGCAGUGCCCCAUUUCUAUAGGUAACCAUCUGCGAUUAUUUGUAAAUCCUUAUGCACUAGAAAUUAGGAAGGGCACUCUUAAAAUAUAUUUUUAAUUAUCCCACAAAAUACCGCAAACUACUUUGAUAACUGCGCUCUACAAUCAACUCUCGAUUUUCUGCGCAUACAUUUAUCGAGUCGCGUAAAAGAUGGAGACGACGGCAUUUACAUACUACGGCUUUUUAGUUCUUCAACAACCCAGCAGCUGAAUGUGGCUAAGUAUCAUUUUACUAUCUAAAUUACUAUUGAUAUUGCUAGUGUUCUAAAUAUCUGGGCUAUGAUCUGCUCAAUAUAGUUUCUGCUAGACUUCAGAAACAAAAGGAAGGGUUAAAUGUAAGUGUGCUUAUUCACGUAUUAUCAAAUGGUAUAGCUGUUUAGAAAAGUAAAGUUAAUUGUUGCGCAAAUGCUACCAUAAACCUUUGACUUUUGAAUAAAUCUAACUAAGCACAAGGCAACUAAGAUACGUGGUGACCAAGAACUCUUAUAUUGAUCAGUUUAUUAUUGGUGAGGCAGUGAUGUAAAGCGCGUCGUGGUGUUUUUAAAUGGAUGAAUGUUGUGCUAACAGACGGGGGGAAACUCCAGGCCUUUCAGUCCUGAUCCUGUAUGAUGCAGAAGAUGUCAAUCCAACCGCACAUUGAUCUCUGCAGCGUGGUCGGUGGGAGGAGAUGUGGCCGAGCAGUUGAACCAGGCUCUAUCGGUGUCAGGACGCGUUGGUGGAGGAGGAGGGCUGAUGGAGGAGAGCCGACGGAGCCAUGGUGGACGAGAGCCGACGGAGCCAUGGUGGACGAGAGCCGACGGAGCCAUGGUGGACGAGAACCGACGAAGCCAUGGUGGACGAGAGCCGACGGAGCCAUGGUGGACGAGAGCCGACGGAGGAGCCAUGGUGGACGAGAGCCGACGGAGGAGCCAUGGUGGACGAGAGCCGACGGAGGAGCCAUGGUGGACGAGAGCCGACGGAGGAGCCGUGGUGGAGGUCCUGCCUUAAGAAUGAUGUCGGGACCCGAUGGCCUUGGCUGAUGGAGGAACUGCAUCUGGAGGACGACCAUGAAUCUACCUGCCAACAGGUGGUACUGGUUUGAACUGGUUUGCAUGAACUGAACAUGGUGGACAUGAGGCAAAUUCCCUGCUUUUUGCUCCAGACCAGGACUCUGUGAUGGAGGGGGGCUGAUAGAGCCGUGCUGAGGACCCGCUGGUGAAGGACGUCCCUCGUGGGGGGGCAAGGACAGCCGACCCUGAGGAUCCGCUCGGAUCUACGAUCGCUACGAUGCGACUGCAGAGGUCUCUGGAAGACCAGGAGUCCUUGCCUUAGGAGAGCUGAUGGAGGAGCCGUGCACCUGGAGAACCAUGAGUCUGCCUGCCAACAAGUAGUACUGGAAGGCGGGGCAUAGGGAGGUGUUGGAGGACCUGCCUGGUGAAGGACGUCAGGGUGGGGCGAGUGACCCCCGACUCCAAGGGGAUAUCCACUGAGGAGAGAGCUGAAGGAGCCAUGCAUCUGGAAGGUGCAGUUGAAAUGCUGUAUCCAGUCUGGGACAGACAGACCUGAGCUGCAUCAAACCUGUAUCUCUGACCAGCUGGAGGCCUUUAGUGAUCAACAACCGCCACUCAUCGCUGGCCUGUGGAUUCAUCUCCUUCACACUCACACAACGUGACCUUGGCCUGUGGAUUCAUCUACUCCACACUCACACAACGUGACUUUGGCCUGUGGAUUCAUCUCCUCCACACUCGCGCAACGUGACCUUCUCACCAUCUGUUGCACGUUUGGAUGCACCUAGCGUGUUCCAUCGAGGGUUCCUUCCUCCCCACGGUGGGAGGGUUCCUUGUCCUUCAAGGCGUCGGGGUUCAGUGUUAGGGACAGAGUUAGGGACAGAUGGCUGCGCUGGAUUCACGAUAUACGCUUUGUGAUCAAAAUGGGUUCGGACAUCGGACAAAACGCUUCCCAAAAUGUUUCAAUGUGCAAACGAUUUUAUAAAAUGUAU